GCGAAGAUAAACUGGAAACUGAGGGACACAUGCCCCCCUGGCCGAUGGACGCGGGCGGGACCCACGCGAUCCGAUGCAUAAUUCAACGCUAAAGUCCCGAUGACCGGGCCCCUCCCGUGGGCUCCACUUUGAUUUUUGGACCCGACCACUGUACUCUCAAGCCAAGUGGUGCUGACGGGAGCCUUCAGUUCGCCGAACAACACGCCGAAGGACAACCGUUCCUGGUGUCGAAAGUUGAUACUCUGAAGCUCUCAUUGAUCUCCAGCUAGUGCCGUGAAAGAGUUGCCCAUCCUGCUCCUCGAGGUUCGACGUUCCCCCCUCCACUGAUACCGGCGGCCGCCCUGGGCAUCAAUGAUCACAGGUGGUGGCCCGGGUGUGCAGUUCCAAAGCGACAGUGGACUUUAGGCUACAAAUGAUGCUUUCACAUGACCAGGAGAGGUACUUACCUAAGGUUGCUCGCGGAGGCAGAGAUGGGAUCUCGAGCCUCGAGAAAUCACCAUGGUUCACCACAGAUCUUUCGGCAGAAGUCGAGGUCCAUACGAGCGAGGCCAAUCAUACACAUACUGUGUACAUACAAAGCCGCAGCGUUCUACGGAACUCAGAUUCCUCUGUCGCCUUCGACAUGACAUCAAUGACGGGCUCAAAGAUGCCAGCAACGAGACCGUUUGAUCAGAUCCAAGAAAAGAAAAAGCGAUGUUGUUCUCUUCCCGUAAAACUCUCCCGAACUCCCGUUAUAGGGAGAUAUGUAGAUGCACAAACCGAUCCUAUCCACCCCGUUCCGCUUCCGACUCAUUGGACUUUUCGGAAAUCGAUUUGCCGCACCAACUCGUCAACAUUCAGCCGGUUCGGCGCCCAAGCCUUGGUCGGUAGUCGAGCACGAGGCCAGGAAGAGCCUCGAGACCAGGAACAGAAGUGGACCAUGAAGGAUGUCCUGCACAACUUUCCACUGCUUCGGGCCCUGGUCUCUUUGUGGGGUGAGCGCUUGAGGGUUUCGAACAAGAUCGUUCGUAAGAAGUCGGUGGUUGCCAAACAUUACCUAUCUAUGUACUUUGCUCGCGUCGUCGCUCCUCCUUCUGCGGCCCGGCCUUUUACGGGUAGAUCGCCGAGCUCGUCCCCAAAGAUCCUAUCGGCUUCCUUCAUCUCCUCACUCCCACAGAGGCUUAGAGGUGACCGGCAGUCGCCUAUACGCCGAGGAUGUUGGAUUCUAUUCGCCUACGCUCCCAUCUCUUGCCUCAAAUGGUGUGAAAGUGGUACAGUAGGUUGGCAUCUCGGCCCUGCAGCAGGGUUACGUCCGCUUGACACCCGCGGCUGCCGCGCCGCGGGGGGGGGGGAGCGUAGCUUUCCGGCGCUGAUGCGGGUUUGUUUUCAUGGCUUUGACUUUCUCAGGGCAUCAAAGAGAAUUUGGAAACCUUAGCAUCAUUUCACAUACUACCAUGUACACAGACGGCC